AAUGUUGUUCUUUUUAAAAUUAUUUUACAUUUUAACUUGUGUUUAUAGGACUAGUAACAUAAUAGCAACAUUUUAUCAAGUAGUAAUGAAUUAAUAUCCAAACGCAAAUAAUACCAUAUCGGUUACAUCUAUUAUCAAAGCAACUGGAUAAAAAUUCAACUGUAAUUCAAUGUACUGGAUAUAUCAUAUGAUAACUCAUGUGAAAACAGAAUGAGUUGAAAAUGCAUUGACGGUUACACAAAACAUAGUUCUUAAAUACUACUUUGAUACACGAUGGCAGAAAAUAAAGAUAGUGACGUUAGAGAGGACGAAAAGAAUUGUAAACUGACCUACUAUUUUCGCGAUCUACUAAAGAAGCGAAUAAAUUUUCAAAUAUCUAGAGAAGAGACAUGUAGCAUAAUAAGUGCUGUAGAAACCCUAGUUUCGAUCAUUAUAGGGUAUGUGACAUCAAAUGUGCAGUGGCUUCCAUUCUCAAGACUUCUAAGUGUGGGGAGUAUGGCAGAAAGGACAAGUAUUGUAUUUCCAGACGAAUUCGACUACCUUGUUAUCCAUAAAGCGACUGGAAUGCAGGUCGAGAGAGUAUGUAAGGAAGAUAGAGGCUAUGCCCAUAUUAAAGUCACAGAUCCUGAUUUAAAAGAGAAAUGGUUCAAAUGGCUCCGAGGGAAUUACCUGCCUGGGAAUUUUAAAUCACACGGAUCUACAAAUUUGUUUUCGGAUUAUUUUGAUACACUCAGCAAUGCUUUCAUGUACGAAGUUGCACAAAGAGCAAAAAACUUACCAGACAAAGGUGUUAUUGUUACAGAAACAGGAGUGAUGCGCGUGGCAAAUUUCGUCAGAAAGAACGGACCGGCAUUUACACAGCACUUUCUCUGGGAGCCUUAUUGUCGUACGAAAAGUCAAACAACGAUCAAAGUGGACAUUACACCAGCCAUUGAAUUUGAUUUCAUUGACGAUAUAAUUAAUGAAAAUGACACGUUCCAUGCACAUAUUAUCAACAAAAUUGUCAAGCAUGGUAAGUUCAUGCUUGUUUGGAGUCCCGAAAAUGGACCAUCAUGUCCACUUUGUUUCCGACUGACCUUUACAGAGACGGAAGUAGAUCUUAUCCGUUGUCUAGAUACUCAUCACAAAGACUGUUAUAAACUAUUAAAGUAUAUUUUCAAUAGUGGCGGAGGUGUAAACUUCUUAUCCUCGUACGUUUUUAAAACACUUGUACUAAAACAUGGUUAUCACUGUAAAGAAAGAGCAAACCUUGCAGUCUGUUUCAAACAGCUUGUUGCAGUAUGCCUUCACUACCUAUUCAACAGGACAACUGGGGAAAAAGUUGAAGUCAGUCGUUUGGUCCGCCUUUUAAUGCGGGGUGAAAAAUUCAAAUUGCAUAUUCCUAGUAUUUUUAUCAAAGAUCAUAACAUAAUGGAUAGCAAGGAUUUUCCGAUUCCAUGUGAACAUUUCCUACUCGGAAUCGAGAGAAUGCUCUUGUCGGUCGAAGAAAUCUGUUGCGCUGACCAUCCAAAUGUUGACGAUAUCAUUAUUGUAAACAGUCUCAUGACUGAUGCUGUGUCUUAUGUUAAGUCCUUGCCAAUCGUAAACAAAUAUCUAGAACUCGAAAAAUGUGUUUCAAUAUUUCAGAAAUAUUUCAAGCAAAAUGUUGUAGAAUAAUAAUUUUAAUUUGAAUUACAUUAAUACAAUGAAAAUAAGUUUAAGCUAAAUACAUAACGAAAAAUACCUUGUGGUUAACAACCUACUUCGACUGUUCGGCAGCUUAAAUACCAUGAUGUGAAACGAGUCUUUAUAAUAACGAGGCUAUUAUAAUAAAUGA